AUGCAAAGUACACCAAAUGAAGAAGCAUGGGAAAGUAAAUUUAGUGCAUUACCAUUUUUUAGUGAUGAAGAACAAAUUAAACAAGGGAGAGAAUUAUAUAAAAGAUAUUUAGAAGAAUAUCCAACAGCAGUGAAUAGAUGGUGUGAAUAUAUUGAUUUAGAAAUGAAAUAUGGACAUAAUGAGAGAGAAAUAGAAGAAAUAUUCAGAAAAUGUUUAGUUCAAGUACCAGAUGUAGAGAUAGCAAAAAGAUAUAUUAAAUAUAUUAAUACAUGUUAUGAUGAUACAGAAAGGGAAGAUAUUGAUGAUAUUGAAUUAGCAAGAUUUAAGAAAAUUCAAGAAGGAGCAUAUUCAUAUGCAAUCAAAAUAGUUGGACUUGAUUUAAAUGCAAUAACAAUAUAUCGAGAAUUUAUAGAAUUUUUAUCAAAAAGUAGAAGUAAUGAAGUUACAAUGAAAAUAAUAAUGCAUAAUUUAACAAGAAUACCAAUGAAUGAACGACAAGA